AGUGCCUUUCGCUCGCCAAUUCGUGUUGCGAUGGACCCAUCAUAUGCCUCGGCCUCGGCCGUACACAUACCUCAUCCUGAUGAUGUCACGUCGGAGCAGAAUGAUCAUCAUCGACAAGCUCCGGUGACGCCCAGUCAAUCGGUUCGUGUUGGUGUAGAUGUUGGAGUGCGACCAAGCACCGAGUCCCACAUCGACAUCGCCAAUAUGUUCCCUCCUGCCGGCGAGGAUGAUGCCAUUAUCCCCGACGCCGCUCCCAAUUCUGAGGCCGCUCAAACGACCCCAGGCAUGAACGUACGCCAUCAUCCGUCCAUCCCCUUCCCAGUGCGGGCGGCAGUUGGUCUCACUACCCCUCCUCAUCUCCACUCUGCAGGAGCUCGUAGUCAGCAAGAUGCCCUCAGUCAAGGGCAGGCCAUCGUCACCUGCCGGAAGAAGGUCUAUCAAGCAGAGAUAUUGUUGUAUCCCGGAAAGAAGGUCCGAGGCCCCAAACGUCAAUCACAGAUUGAGGCCGAACAAGACAAGUUCACACUAGAGAGAGCCAAGAUGGAGGGAAACAUUGAAGAGGUUCUCGUCGGCUGGGAUCUGCACUCACAACUUCUGCCGAAAGGAGUUUAUUAUCAUAAGCGCAAGAAGGCCUACAUCGCCAGUAUCAACAUAUCGGCGGCCAAUCGUCAACCAGGGCCGUUGGCUGCAGCAGCGAGGCACCGAGAGCUGGCCCAAGCCUUGUCGGCUACUCGAGGGGAGUUCAACGGCCAUAUGCCGCCGGCUCCGGUCCUUCCACCUGGCACAGUGGUACCCCCUAAACCCACUACGGCCAAGAUAGAUGGCCCUGCCAGGCAAACCCUUGCCGAAGCUAUCUCGGAUAGGGCCAAGAUGGAGUCCGCGUCCUCUGAGGAAGACCUAAUGAGAAUCGUUCACGAGCUUCGUGGUCCAAAGGCCCGGAGCACCAAACGGAAGUCAUUGAAUCCUGAUGAGAAACUUCCCGCGGGAGUGUAUUUCAAGCCGGAGUCUAACUGCUAUCAAGCGCAAGUGUCGGUGAACCGACGCAACAUUCGAGGGCCACCAAGACAAACGCUGGAGGAGGCCAUUAGUGACCGCCAGAGGCUCCUAGUCGCGAAGGCUCAAGGUAGAGCUGAGGAGGAGGUCGUGCUCCUCAAGGUUGACUAUCAGAGAACGCUGGCCUUGGAGGGAUGUGUUGGCGGUCUCAUGCCGGGAGAACGUUCAGCUGGGGACCGGAGGGCUAGAGGAAGGCCGAAGGGAUCAGUAUCGGGAGCCACUCGGUACAUCAUCCUAUGUGCUAUCACUGAUGACUGCGGCCCAACAGGGUGCAACUCUGAGGCUGAGAUGCCCCAUUCGGACUACUCUACGGGCACGGCUGAGCAGAUCCUCCUGUUGAAUCAAUACAUCCAACAGGCUGCUGGGGUUCUGGCCGAAGAUAACAAUGUCCCUGCCGAGCCAUCAGGUGAAGGUCCCACCGUCCCCCACGUGGCCCCUGAAGAUCGGUCGUCGGCUGAGGCUGUCGUCCCAUCAGCGCAUCCGUCGGAACCUUCCGCUGUGCCACCGUCUCCUACGGAUACUGCAAGCGAUGUGGUCCAAGCUAUGCUCGCUGCCUCGGGGAUGCUCGAUGCUGCUAAUGCUGCAGCCGCCGCAGCUGGUGUGGACACUGGCAAUGGACGUGAAGCGAGAAAUGGAUCGAUGCCCAAUACCGAUUCCAAUGGUGCCGAUGGAGACCCUGAACGGCCCCACAAGAUGCAAAGGGCCUCCUAGUUGACAUUUUGAUUCAUUUGGAAUUGAUUUUUUGCGGUUGCCGUUCCGUAUAACAUCAUAUUCUAUGGAAGUAAUUAUGGCAAUCGUGCCUACGUGAAGUUAGCGAUAUUAUCAGUAUUAUUGAGCUGU